UUCCAAAUAAUAAUAAGAAGAAAAAUAUAUAUAUAUAAUAAAAGAUGGGAAGAGGAAGAGUGCAGUUGAAGAGGAUCGAGAACAAGAUUAGCAGACAGGUGACGUUUUCCAAAAGAAGAACAGGCUUGUUGAAGAAAGCUCAUGAGAUCUCUGUGUUGUGUGAUGCUGAUGUUGCUCUCAUUGUUUUCUCUACUAAAGGCAAACUCUUUGAGUACUCCACUCACUCCAGUAUGGAGGCAAUUCUUGAAAGGUAUGAACGAUACUCGUAUGCAGAAAAGCUGCUUACUGCCCCUGAAACAGAAACACAGGGAAGUUGGACUCUUGAAUCCUCGAAGCUCAGGGCAAAGAUUGAGGUUCUAGAAAAGAACAUAAGGCACUAUGUUGGGGAAGACCUUGAGCCCUUGAAUCUUAGAGAACUUCAAAGUGUAGAACAACAACUAGAGACUGCUCUUAAACGAAUUCGAACAAGGAAGAAUCAAGUCAUGCAUGAGUCCAUCUCAGAGCUUCAUAAAAAGGAGAGAGCACUGCAAGAGCAGAACAAUGCACUCUCUAAGAAGUUGAAGGAGAACGAGAAGAACGACCAACAAAAUGUAGGGUUUAUGUUACCUCCAACUCAGCCACCACUACCACAACCCCUCCACUUACGUCCUCUUACAAUCGGGAGUGGAUCGUUCCAGGGAACAGUGGUUAUAAGGGAGGAUGAAUCAGCUCAAGCUCAUACCAUGAUGCCCCCAUGGCUGCUUCGUCAUAUGAACCAAUAAAAAAACAUUCAAGUAUGUUUAUAAAGUGGCAUAAAUGAGUAUAAUCAAAUUAUGUACUUAUGUUUGAAUUCCUACCAUAAUAUAUGUGUGUUUAAAUCAAAUACUAAGCUAUAUAUGAUCAAUGUGAGUUUCUAUAUUAUAUACA